GAACAAUUGUUUGCAACAAAUCAAAGUGAAAAUAGGAUUAGUUUUUUUGCAAUAUGACUCGAGUUGCUAGCUUCCUAGUCACUCUUGUGGCCUUAGUUACACUAAUUUUAUCUACUGAAGCCGUCCAAGCAGGUAGCACGGUUUAUGUGGCCCCAAACUCCACUGACGGGCUUUCCGUUAAGAACCAAAACUACUUGAUAGGGGUUUGUUCAAUGGUGUUACUUUUGAUCGCCUGCUAUAUGGCUGUGGUCUCAUUGGUAAGCAUUGACUAUAGCAAUGAUGCAUUGCUCAUGGUUGAGGUCCCAGAUGACACUUGUCAGAAUGAAUAGCUCAGUAGGUGUGCUCGUGCUAGAAAAUGACGGAGGUGCGAGCCAUGAGCUUCGAUUUAUGUAUCCCGGUUUAUUCUGAAGUGCAGUGUACUUUUUGUCGAUUGACCACUGCACAAACAAGUAAAUAGCUGAAAGCAGAGAUGGUUAUAAACCAUUCGAUAAAAGUUACGGAAAGAUUUCCCUUGCGCUUGGUAUGUGUGAAGGUAUUUUUUCCAAAGGGAAUAUUAUCCGUUUAGACUUUUGUGUCGAAAUGUUGAAUCAGAGUAGAUAAGAAAAAAA